UUGAAGCAUCUCGUAGGUUGUACAGUCACGUUGGAAAAUGACGUUACCACAGUGAAGAUUCCGAAGAGUGCGAAACAAGACUUGGAUGAGGUAAUAUCCUUGAAUCGCACGAUGAUCGCUUGGGCAACUGACGUGAAUCUAUCGGCUGACAGUCACCUGGUUUGCGAAGAGAACGAUGGCUUUUAUACGACGCAGGUUUUGGCGCGGGGUGCCUCGAGGAAAGCUACUGGGGCUUCUUUCAUCAUUGUUGAUGGCGGUCUGAAGACUGACGGAUUGCAGAUGUUUGAGAAAAAACGAUUUCGGCAGUUUCUUUGCCUUCAGAUAUCUGUGGUGGAAGAUGGAGUAGCCAUUCGUGUUCCUUCAGAAAAAUUGGAAAGUUUGUUGGCUUCGUUGAACUCAAUGCAGGAUUGGUCAACCUCUGGAUCAUCAGGAGCCCAGUUUAUCAUCAGCUGGAUUGACAUUUGUCCUCAGACUUCCACUCACGGUCCCACGUCCUCUAUCGACGGUCUCAACCUGGCCGACAAAUAUCAAUAUGGUCUAUCGCUGGACAGAGCGAUUUCAUCUGUUUUGCAAGUCCCUAGCGUAUCAGACUAUGGGGUACGUCUUUCUCAUGUGUAUGAUCUUAGAAAUGGACGACUCACUCCUGAUGAAGAACCUAAAGUAUUCAGUAUUGCUGAGAUGUUAGCGCGCGAAUGCACGGGAAUGUUGGAACCGUACUUGAUGAUGUUAAUCAAUAUGAACAUUAUGAGUAUCUCGGUUCGUGUAAGUGUGAAUGCAGAAAAUGUGGAGUACGAUGUAUCUCCUUGGUUCGGCAUGGAGGAUGAACAGUUGAAAUACAAGCAAAAUAUGGACCAGCUCAUUCCGGUAUUCUAUGAUAUUUUGGGUUAUCUGCCUGGUGGAUUCUACAUCGAACUUACCUUAUCAUUUGUGUGCACAAAACCUUUGCCCUUUAUUAAUUGA